AUGGCUCUGAAAACUGUUCUUUUCUUGGGGCUGAUUUUGGUCCUAACCUUCGUAUGCUCUCCGGCGACAGCUGACGGACCUAUUUGCCCUGUGACGACGAAACUUAGUCGGGCAAGUUUUCCUGAAGGUUUUCUAUUUGGCACAGCUACUGCGGCAUUUCAGGUUGAAGGUGCAGUGAAUGAAACUUGUCGUGGACCGAGCUUAUGGGAUCUCUACUGUAAAAGAUACCCAAAGAAAUGUAGUAACGACAAUGGUGAUGUGGCUGUUGAUUUCUUCCAUCGUUAUAAGGAAGAUAUUCAACUAAUGAAGAGUCUAAACUCAGAUGCCUUCAGAAUGUCUAUCGCGUGGUCAAGAAUAUUUCCUCAUGGGAGAAAGGAGAAAGGAGUGAGCCAAGCUGGUGUGCAAUUCUACCACGACCUCAUCGACGAGCUCCUAAGAAAUGGUAUAGUUCCAUUCGUGACUGUUUUUCACUGGGACACUCCACAAGAUUUAGAAGACGAAUACCAAGGCUUCUUAAGCGAAAGGAUUGUGAAAGAUUUCCGGGAGUAUGCUGAUUUUGUUUUCCAAGAAUAUGGUGGAAAAGUGAAAAAUUGGAUCACUUUCAACGAGCCAUGGGUUUUCGCUCACGCCGGUUAUGACGUAGGCAAAAAGGCACCAGGACGUUGCUCUGAUUACGUUGAUAAGGAGUGCCUGGACGGACGAUCAGGAUACGAGGCUUACCUCGUCAGUCAUAAUCUCCUUAUCGCUCACGCAGAAGCCUAUGAGGCUUUCAAAAACUGUAAACAGUGUAUAGGUGGCAAAGUUGGAAUCGCACAUAGUCCGGCUUGGUUCGAACCACAUGAUUUUAAUGAUGCACAAGACGGUGCUUCCGUUGGCCGUGCACUUGACUUUAUGAUGGGAUGGCAUCUGGAUACUACUAUGUAUGGAGAUUAUCCACAGAUAAUGAAAGACAUUGUUGGACAUAGAUUGCCUAAGUUUACUGAUCAGCAAAAAGCAAAAUUGAAAAACUCAGCCGAUUUCGUAGGGCUCAACUACUAUACUUCAACGUUUUCAAACCAUUUGGAGAAGCCAGAUCCUGCUAAACCAAAGUUUAGGCAAGAUUCUCUUAUUACUUGGGAAAAUAAGAAUGUGGACCAUGACAGCAUUGGUAGCCAGCCAUUAACCGCUGCACUCCCUGUUUACGCGAGAGGCUUUAGAAAAAUUUUGAAGUACAUCAAGGAUAAAUACGGAAACCCGGAAAUCAUGAUCAUGGAAAAUGGAUAUGGAGAUGUACUUGGGGCCAAAGAUUCCGUUGAAGUUGGUACUGCCGAUCAUAACCGAAAAUAUUAUCUUCAGAGGCAUCUUUUGGCUAUGCAUGAAGCUAUUUGCAUCGACAAGGUAAAUGUUACGGGAUACUUUAUAUGGUCGUUGUUGGAUAACUUCGAGUGGCAAAAUGGUUAUAAGCACAGAUUCGGACUCUAUUACAUUGAUUACAAAAAUAACCUCACACGUUAUGAGAAAGAAUCCGGAAAGUAUUACAAAGAAUUCCUCAGUCAAGGUGUUCGUCCAUCUGCGGUCAAGAGGGACGAGCUUUGA